AUGUCUGGAACGGAGGGUAAGGUUAUUACUUGCAAGGCAGCCGUAGCAUGGGAAGCUAAGGCUCCUCUGAAAAUCGAAACGGUUGAAGUAGCUCCACCACAAGCCCAUGAAGUUCGCAUAAAAAUUCUUUACACUGCAUUGUGUCACACUGACAUUUACACACUUGACGGGCAUGAUCCUGAAGGGUUGUUUCCUGUUAUUCUCGGCCAUGAAGGUGCUGGCGUCGUAGAGAGUGUCGGUGAAGGCGUCACAGAUUUCAAGCCAGGAGAUCAUGUCAUACCGCUGUACGUCCCACAAUGCAAGGAGUGCGAGUAUUGCAGGAACCCCAAAACGAACCUAUGUCAAAAAAUUCGUAUACCUCAAGGUAAUGGGGUCAUGCCAAACGGUACGAAGCGGUUCAAGUGUCAAGGCAAGGAGCUUCACCAUUUUAUGGGAUGCUCUACUUUCUCUGAAUACACUGUGGUUGCUGAUAUAUCGCUGUGCAAGAUCAAUCCCGAUGCACCUCUCGAUAAGGUCUGCUUACUGGGAUGUGGGAUUUCUACGGGAUAUGGUGCUGUGAUUAAUACUUGCAAGGUAGAACCAGGUAGCACGGUCGCUGUUUGGGGUCUUGGAGCUGUGGGACUCGCCGUGAUCAUGGGCGCUAAAGCUGUUGGUGCUAAAAGGAUUGUGGGCAUCGACAUUGUAGAAAGCAAAUAUGAUAAGGCUCGCCAGUUCGGCGCAACUGAAUGUGUCAACCCAAAAUCUGUACCCGAGGGGCAGUCCAUCCAAGCCUGGCUCGUUGAGAAGUUUGAUGGUGGUUUUGAUUACACAUUCGAAUGCAUUGGCAGUGUGCAAACGAUGCGUCAGGCACUUGAAGCCGCACAUAAAGGAUGGGGAGUCUCUUGCAUCAUUGGAGUCGCAGGCGCUGGUCAGGAAAUAUCAACGCGUCCUUUCCAGCUAGUCACUGGUAGAACAUGGAAAGGAUCUGCCUUUGGAGGAUGGAAAAGUGUCGAAAAUGUGCCGAAGCUAGUCGAUGACUACAUGGCAAAGAAACUCAAGAUUGACGAAUGUGCUACACAAAGGAGAAAGCUUACGCUCCGUGAUGAGCUUCGUCUGAGUUCGGCUACCUGCUUGCCUUGGUGUCAUUAG